ACGGGAACCAUGAUACCUUCCCUAUACACGGCCACACUCCUGGGGCUGCUGGUCACCAGUGAGUGGGCCCUGCACUCCCCCAGAGCCAGGCGCAGCUCCUGUCCCCAUUAUACCCAGCCCUGCUCCCCCCCAGAGCCAGCUGCAGCUUCUGUCCCCAUUCUACCCAGCCAUUGCCCCCCUCCCCCAGAAACAGCCGCAUCUCCCCACAGCCUCUGGCCUGCGCUGCCCAAAAUGCUUGUGAUGGCAGGGGAACUGCCGGGGCAAGGUGGAGACGUGCGCGCCAGGACAGAACGUCUGUGUGAUCCAUGAACUCGACCUGAACAGAGUCAUGAGGGCCGCCGUACGGACGGGCUGCAUGCUUCUGCAGACCUGUAACCUGCUGCCCAGGGACAAUGCGGCUGGAUUGACUGGAUCCACCUUCUGCUGCACCACGGACCUGUGCACCAACAAGAGCUACAUCCGUCAGCCAGGCCCCCCUGAGCAACUCCUGUGUCAAACCUGCGUGGGCAACGCCACCACCUGUGGCCCUGACAACCCAACUGUGUCCUGCUUAAGCCCCGAGGCCCAGUGUCUGCAGCUCUCCCGGGAGCUGCUGCCUGGGGAGCAGGGAGACACCGUGUACAAGGCUUGUGGGGAGACAGGGCCCGCUGAGGAGCUGCUGGCCAUUGCCGCAGGGCCUGACCUGACCUAUGUGCAUGCACAGCGCUGCCGUGGGGCUGGCUGCAACAAUGGCUCCUUCGUUGAGGUGCCUCGGGGGAAGCCCAACGGGAAGCUGUGCUACAGCUGCCAGGAGACAGGAAAAGGUGAAUGUAACCACCAGCAGGUGCAGACCAUAACCUGUACAGGGGCCAUGGACGUGUGCGUGAAAGCCCAAAGCACAGACCGGAACAACCCUGGGACACUGCUCUGUGGCUGCGGCAGCCCCGACCUCUGCCGCCCCUGGCAGCCCCUGGCACGCCUCCUGCUGCCCUCGGACCCCCAGAUCCACUGCUGCAACGUGAGCCUCUGUAACCAUGCAGCCCCCUGCCAGGACCCCCUGCCCCACCUGCUGCUGCCCCUGGCACUGCUGCUGCUGGGGGGCGCCUGGAGCUGAGCGGAGGGUAGGGAACCCAGGGGUCCGGGCGGGGAGCUGCUGGAGGCCAUUUAAUGCAAAGAGGACCCAGGCACCUGCCUCCCCACACACAAAAUCACCCCCCGCCCCCACCUCCGCCGGGAACCCAGGUGUGUUGGUUCAAACCCAUUGCAGACCAUUCUACUCCCAGGGAACCCAGGCGGCCGGGACACGCACACACAGUGCAGGUGUCUUGGCCAUCCCUCCCACCACACACACACACACACACACACCCACACACACACACACACACACACACACACACAGGUACAGAGGAGUAUAAAGGAUAUCCAAAUUUAUAUGGUGUGAGGAACCUGGUUGCCAAAACAACCUGCCCCCAGCCCUGCCCCCUAUCUGCUCUGGCCCCUCUCUUCAUGGGCCUUAGCCCUCUGAGUGGCCACCGGGGGGCAGCACCCACCAGAACCCACAUAUCAGCCCCACUUUCUCCCCUCCCUCCCACCCCCUCCGGACCAGGGCAACAAAGCCUUUGCAAUAACCCUGGGGGGGCAAAUCCGACUUCAUGCUCCAUUAACACCCCUGCCCUGCCUUGCCAUCUUCCUGGGCGCAAGUCCCAAGUCCCUCCCCCUAAUAAUGCAUUUCCUUGUUAGCAGGCCAGACAUCCUCCCCCUCUCCCUGCUAAUGAACCUGUGCCCAUCGCAGUGGAGGUGCAGUAGUGGGAGGUGUCCAGUGGCCGGGGGCGGUGCCCUUGGAGGACCUUCUAGUGCCCAUGUAGGUCCCUCUUGGUAGGACCCCUGUUGUUGGCAUUGUAGUGUACGUCCCCUUUGGGAGCCCUCUUGCAAGCAGCAGAGGGGACUAUGGGUGGGGGGGAUCUCCAGAAAUCCAGGAGAUCCCCCGGCCCAGAUUCCUGCCAGAGCAACAGAGCACCUGAUUGGCAGGGGAUUGGGAUCAGGACCCGGGUCUGCCCCCACACCCUGGUGCUAGGCAUUGGACAUACCUCCCAGAUCAGCUGCCUUCCCCCAGUGCCAGGCACUGGGGGAAGCCCACUGUGUUUAACACAUGUCAAUUUGAUGAAUUAAUUUAUUACCUGUCACUGAGAAAGCGAUCCCAAUUCUGUCAGAAAGGAUCAUUCCUAAGAAGUUCAAAGAAAUAUUGCUGGUUGUCAGCAGGCAGCUGGGAGAAAGCGAGUCUCAUGGUGCUCUUUACAAAUGGGUCAGGCUGUCAGUCAAUCAUCAAUCAUCCAAGAGCCUGGAGUUUGUUCCAAAAGUCACAGUCUCUUUGACAGCUGUGUUAUUUCUAGUGAACAGA